UACUAAAAGAAGUGCAUAGCUCUGAGGAGAUUAUUAAAACGUUACUCACACAUUGAAGGAUCUCUCCUUGAGGAGGGAUUACAAGUACUAACUUAUAUUCCCUUAGUUGAUUAACUUUGUACUAUGACAGUAUCUCGUGACGUUUGAUUUGCCCAAGAAUAAAGGAAAAUCAUGUCCAUGUGGUCUCCUGCUCAAUAAGCUAGAACUGAAUCGUGCUUUAUAUUAAUGAGCGUUUCUGAAGAUGAACGAACUAAAUGUAAUGAACAGUUUGGGUAAUUUCCGGCAGCCUUGAGCAGUCUCAGUCCACCCAGAUGUAGCGUUGAAGAUUGCUGCAUUUAUAACGAGGUCAAUAACAAAUAACACUUGUUGGACCUAACGAAUUUCGGUGAAACAAUGAAAGAAAAGUCCACUGUACUGCACCGGAUCAGCACAGCGCAUCCGAAACUUGCCGUGUUCCGAUUGCAUUCUCCCGGAAGUAACAUUCCCGACGUCAGAUCCACAUCGGCGUUGACGAACCCGGUGAGGACCAGCACAGCUCAAGGACUGGACAAGAUCCGCAAGUCCUGUACGGUGACUCCUGAUGGCUUUGGUGGACAUCGGAGGUGGCCAUAUUCCCUCCGGGACGGGAUGAGAACAUCCACAACAAAAGAUUUAGAUAGGCGUCAGCCGGACAACUCUUAUUUGCAUGAAGAGCCUCUGUUUUAA